CCUUCCUUGCGGGUUUGUGUGAGGGGGCUGCGGCUCCGGCUUCUUCCAUGGGUGGAAAGUCAGGUGGCAGAGAGGUUCUGGUCUUGGAGCGCCUGAUAGUGUAUUUACUUGGAAGUAGCCCCAAUUAGGGAGAAGGUUAACGUUCCAGUAUGAAGAAAAACACAGUUUAGUCUGCAGCUAUUACUGCUUUUCUGUGUCUGAGCUAUGAAAGGAUCGGCAUACUUUUCACUGUGUUGGCCUUCCCUGUGAAAUGAAUAUCACCUGGGACAGACUGUGAAUAUGUGCUGAAGUCAGAAAUCUCUGGGAAGAUGGGGAUCUUAGUAUAUCUUCUGACUUGGAGUUUAAUCUUAAAACUGAUAUGCGGGCAUAGCCCCUUUACAUGUGAACCUAUAACUGUUCCAAGAUGUUCUGAAAUGGCCUAUAAUAUGACAUAUUUCCCAAAUAUAAUGGGACAUUAUGAUCAGGACACGGCAGAUAGACGCAUGGUGGCAUUUGUUCCUCUUUUGAAUAUUCCGUGCUCUCCUGAUGUCCGCACAUUUUUAUGCAAAGCAUUUGUACCUUCCUGUGUGGGAAACAAUCAUGUGCUCCACCCAUGCCGAAGCCUUUGUGAAAGAGUGUACUCGGACUGUAAACAACAGAUGGACACUUUUGGAAUUCUGUGGCCUGAUGAUCUUAAAUGUGACAGUUUGCCAGAUUGUGAUGACACCGUUCCUGUCACUGCGUCUCCACCCAUGAGGACAUCUGGCACUCGGAAGGCUCCAGGACAGCCUAGAAGGGACUAUGGUUUUUGGUGUCCACGACACCUGCAAACUUCCAGUGGACAAGGGUACAAAUUUUUGGGAACCGAUCAGUGUGCGCCUCCAUGCCCCAAUAUGUACUUCAAUGAUCACGAGCUGGAUGUUGCCAAAAGCUUCAUUGGGAUAGUUUCUAUUUUUUGCCUUUGUGCCACCCUCUUCACAUUCCUGACAUUUUUGAUAGACGUUAAACGGUUCCGGUAUCCAGAGAGGCCAAUAAUAUAUUAUUCUGUUUGUUGUAGUGUAGUGUCUCUGGUAUACUUCCUUGGAUUUAUUCUAGGUAAUCACAUGGCCUGCAAUAAGGGAGAUAAAAAACUACGAAUUGGUGAAACUGUUGUUCUUGGUUCUCAGAACAAGGGCUGCACAAUUGUUUUUAUGGCUUUGUAUUUCUUCACAAUGGCAGGAACUGUUUGGUGGGUGAUUCUCACAGUUACUUGGUUCCUAGCUGCUGGACGAAAAUGGAGCUGUGAAGCUAUUGAACAAAAAGCAAUGUGGUUUCAUGCAAUUGCCUGGGGCAUGCCUGGCUUUCUCACCGUCAUGCUUCUUGCCAUGAACAAAGUAGAAGGUGACAAUAUCAGUGGCGUUUGUUUUGUCGGUCUCUAUGACCUGGAUGCUUCCCGAUACUUUGUUCUGCUGCCCCUGUGCCUUUGUGUCAUUGUUGGUCUGUCUCUCCUCUUAGCUGGCAUCAUUUCCCUCAAUCAUGUACGGCAGGUCAUACAAAAUGAUGGCAGGAAUCAAGAAAAACUAAAGAAAUUCAUGAUUAGAAUUGGUGUCUUCAGUGGCUUGUAUCUCGUACCACUGGUGAUGCUCUUAGGAUGUUACAUCUAUGAGCAGGUAUACAGAAAGACCUGGGAAACUACAUGGGUCGCUGAUCACUGUGAUGAAUUCCAUAUACCCUGUCCUUAUCAGGUGAAAAUGCUAAAGAGACCAGAAAUAAUUUUGUUUCUGAUGAAAUAUCUGAUGACCUUAAUUGUUGGCAUAUCUCCAGUAUUCUGGAUAGGAAGUAAAAAGACCUGUUCCGAAUGGGCAAGUUUCUUCAACAGGAAUCGGAAGAGAGAUCCAAUCAGUGAAAGCCGGAGAGUGCUGCAGGAGUCGUGUGAAUUUUUCCUGAAGCACAAUUCUAAAGCUAAGCAUAAGAAGAAGCACUACAAAUCCAGCUCCCAUAAACUGAAGGUGAUCUCCAAGUCCAUGGGGACCAGCACAGGUGUUACCACCAAUCACGGAACGUCCGCUGUGGCCAUCGCAAACCAUGAUUAUUUAAGCCAAGAGACUUUUACUGAAAUCAAGAGCCUUCCGGAAACAUCUGGGAGAGAAAUGGAAGCAGACGGGGUGCCCAGCCAAAAAGGGGAGAAGGAAGGAUGUGCCGGCAGUGAGCAGAGUGCAUUGCAGACGUCAUCUGGCUCUAAAGUAGCCUUGGAACAGGUGGGAAAGAGGAGGAAGGCAGACAGUGCACAGGAUAUGGUCAGCUUAUGUGGAAGCACAAGGAGGAUGGCUCAAGGAAGGACAACUCCUAAAAGUGACGUUACUGAAGGUCUCCCACUUCAAGUCAGUCAUCCACGUCUUGAUGCUUUCCAGCCAGAGUCUGCCAAGGGUUCAGUCUUGCUACUGCCUCACUUGUCUUCUGAUUCCAGAAAAGCUCCAGAGUCUGGUAACAGUUCAAAUGCUUAAGAAAAUGGAAGUAUUUUGUUGAUAUAUUCAGUUUCUGACACUGAUUCUUUGUUACACUGGAAAUGACUACUACUGCAUUGUGCCUUAUGAGGAAGCAUGAUGCUCUCUGUUUGCACUUCAGGAAAAGCAAAUUUUUGUAUUGGGAGGAGGCCUAGCAAUUGUUUUCUGUUUAAACUCCAAGGAAUAAGCCUAAGACAGAAGAUGAGCAACAGGCAUGUUACCAUUUUAUAAGUAUUGUGUUAAAGUAAUGAGGGGAAGGGUUCCAUAUUUUGGAAAGGGCAAAUUUUAUUGGUUUCAGUUUUUCCUGUUAGCAAUAUUUUUAUUGUUUAAAUAAUCUUUAUCAUAAACCCCUUUGUUGCACAGGACAAAAAUGUAGGGUUUUUUUACAAGUAAGGGUUGUGUGCUGUAACAAAAUAAUGGAACUUGUCCCGUACAAGCAACACCUGGAGCUGAGAUGUUACCCUCUGCCUCCUUUGCUGUCUUCCAAGUCAGUUGUCUCUAGCGUGCUUGUGAGGGGAUCUCUGGUCCUUUCCUGUUACAUAAUAAGGCUGCUGAUUAUUUGCACAAAUCUCGAUGCUUCCUUGGCACAAAGAACCACGGGAUGUUGCUGAGAAAGGUGCUCUCCUUCUGAACCCACCAGAAUUGUGCAGCUGCUUUUUUUUUACGCACUACAGCUAUGUUGCAUCAAAGACACUGGGCAUCUUUGGUGUAGACAUUUCUGUCAAGAAUUUGGGUCAUCUUCAGGAGAACUUUUUAAAGCAUUUGUGGAUGCUUGUAUGUUUCUGGGCCAUUAUUAAGGUUUUAUGCUAGUUGAUACACACUGAAUGGAAAGGGAUUUUGGCAAAUACUUUUGUACAACUGAAAGCAUAGAACUGCUGUUUCUCUUGCACUACAGAAGGUGUAUUUUAAGCUAGUACAUACCUCAUUCUUUCUCUCUCUCUUUUUGCUUUGCUAGAAUAAUGAUUUGAGGGAGGGAAGAGAGGCAAAUAAGUUAUUGUUCAGCAGUUGUGAGCAAUAACAUUAUAUGCACUUAGCUUUGGCACUGACAUUUCUAUUCUGAUAUCUUCAAAUUUAAUGCCUAACACAACCUAUAGAUAACUUUCAGUUUUAAGGUCAUUUAUUCUGCGUAAAUGGGCAUUGCAGUCCAUUCUUUUUUCUUCUGUCUUCUUUCUAUCCAGGCAUAGAAUAUACCUUUGAUAGACAAAAUAUGUCCAUGGCUACAGCUUCAAUCUAAAUCUUUUGUGGGCUACAGGUUUUAAUCUAAAUCUUAACAAACUCAGCUUUCAUUUUUAUAAGCAGUAUUUUAUUCUAUGGAUUUAGGAUUUGAGUCUGUCUUGAACAUCGGAGACAAGUGUGUGAUUCAUCAGAGAUCAUACAAUCCUGGCUUUCAAUUUUAUCAACUUUACGUCUCAUUUCAUUAAGUUUUAAAUAUUUGGGGCCUGUGAGUACUGUAUUUGUUUUAUCUAUUGGUAACAAAACAAUUCCUGUGCCUGUUCAUAGAAUAUCAAGUUCAGCUCCAUUCAUAUAGAUUUGGAUCUCUUAGUUGCUUCUUUCAUUCCAGUAGUGUUAAAUGACCCCUGUGUUUUAUAAAAAAUUACUCUGCUUAAAAAAGAGAGAAAAUGUCCUUUAGAAGGUGGUUGUGUAUACAGCCUUUAAUGAGCUCAUUAGAUAAUACUCAGUGGGUUGGAUCCAACUAGCUUACCCCACAGGUGAUCAUCAAAUAAAGUUAUGCUGGGGACUGUGGGGUCUGCAUGUACAUAAGGCAGGUAGGAUGGGGACUGUAGUCAGAAGGAAUAACUGAUUCUGAGGGGGGAAAAGCUUGUUGGAUCCAACCUACUAGGCUUGUGGUUCCAUAUCAUUUUCUUACUGUACUGGCCUAAUAGGUAGUGAUAUAAAUUAAGUUUGCCUUUACAGUUAGUCUAAAUGUUUAUCUUCACUUCCAUCAUGAGUUACUAGUGGAAUCUCCUUUAAGACUGUGGAGUCCAAAGCUCAUAUUUAAAUUCAGUUGGGUUUCAACUAUCAGGAGAUGCUACUUGUGUGGCCAUUGUUCAUAUUCUGUGUCAACAGCUUUAUGCUGUGUAAUCCUAAAGAAUGGGGCCAGAGCCCUCUCAUUAAGGAAAAGUGGCCAUAUGCUCAGCAUGGCUGAAGAAACUGUUCAGGGCACAUCAUUGAAACCUGAACUGGUAGUGGCAAUAAAGCUGGAUCAUGUUGUCUUUCAUGUGGACAGUUCUGUUGAGUGUUUUCUACUAACUGAGGUUAGGAUUGCUUGUACACCCCUUUGGUUUGGCUCAUCUUCUAACUGCUAGUAAUGAUCAGGGAGUUGGUUGUUCUGAGGCCUGUUCACUAUUUGUGCCAGUUGGAGAAGAGAUACUAACUUUCAACUCCCCCCCCAAUUGCAAUGAGCAGUUGACAAGCUUAUAGGCAGAGAGAUAAGACACCAAUCACUUUAUUCUGCCUCCACUCCAAAGUUGAGGUGAGGAAGGGGAACUAUCAAUAUUUUAUCUCCUGGUCUGCAAGUUUUUCUUGGUUUCACUGAAACUGGGGCAUGGGUGGAUCAGAAGCUGGCUCCAGCUUUUAGUUGCUCCUGAAACUUGCUUGUGUCCCAGCACAGCAAGGCUGGGAUAUCAGAACCUGACCCCCAGCUUAUCUCCUGAAUGAGUGAAGUGUCGGCUUCUGACCCAUAGAGCAGGUGUAGACCUGUCUAGCAGCUGUUGGAACUGUUUGCUGCAACAUGAACAUGGACCUUGAUCAGCUCAUGCUCUGAUCAUGAGUGCUGAACAGGGAAUGUUCAACUGCUGAACAGGUUUGCUAUAAAAUCUGCAGCAUCCUUAAAUGAGAUCAGAGUGAUCUAAUUGGGCCCUUACACUAUGGAACUAACUCAUUUAUGACUGUUUUGAUGUAUUUACUACAAUAAGAAUCUGAAGUAGAAUGCCCGAUUUGAUUGUACGUGACCCUAUUUUCUGCUUUGUUCAGCUAUUUCAAAGAAAAAUCGUAUAACUACCAAGUAAAUAAGGAAGGUACUAUUUCUAACAGACCAAAAUUAUCUCCAUGGUGUGCUGAAAUUUAAAUGUCUUUUAUAUUACAUUUCUACUUGUGAUAACUUAUUGCCUUAAACAAAGAUCAUUGGUGUGCUUUCUGGGUGCUUAUUUUAAGCAUAUGAUAGCCUAUCCAUCGUAGGGCUAGAGGAAGUUCAUCUUAAGAAUCUUUCCUAUAACUUGUGGCUCUUUUGUUGGAAGACUCAAACUUUUUUCAGUGGUGUGAUGGCAAGACACAUGUCUUGCAGUAACUAGAAAAGACUGCAAAUGUUGUAAAUGUUACUUGAGAAAAACAACUUGCUUGUUCAUUCUGUUAACUGACACUCUUGUAAAUUUAAAUUUUUGUACAUGUUUUUAGCAACUGUAUUUUUACUAUCUGGGUCAAUAAAGUUUUCUACACUGUAAAA